UAUCGGUGGCCUGAGGACUGAACGCAAUCAAGAACCAAUCGUUCCACAAGCGGGAGCUCCUCCUGAUUUUUUUCUUUGGACCCAAAAACCACAAGAAAGAUGGGGAGCACGUGCACGAGCACGGCUCUGGUCCCUCACUUGCAGCUCCAUGGAUGUUGUCACUCGAAGCGCCUAUCUUCUCUACGGGUGAACAAUUCCAGGAGAGCGACGUUGGGAUUCGGUGCUUCGCAGAGGAUACUUCGCCGCGGGGGGCUAAGCGGCGUCGUUUGCUUAGCUGUCGACGACGGCGUGAGAGAGAAGCAGCAGGAGUUGGUCUCCAGCGUUGGCUCCGCCGUCGAGGAUAGGCCUGAUGUGGGCGAUAGCGCAAGAGAAGGGGGUUUAGUGGAGAAUUUGGAGCAGGAUAAUGGGCGGAGUGCGAUAUAUGAUUUUCUUUAUCCCAGCAAAGAGCUCCUCCCGGAGGAUAAAGAAAUGAGUAUAUUCGACCAUCUCGAAGAGCUGCGCCAGAGGUUAUUCGUGUCGGUUUUGGCAGUUGGGGCCGCUAUUUUGGGAUGCUUUGCGUUCUCCAAGGAGCUGAUAAUGAUUCUUGAAGCUCCCGUUAAAUCUCAGGGUGUGCGGUUCCUGCAGCUGGCUCCUGGCGAAUUUUUCUUCACAACUUUGAAGGUAUCAGGAUACUGUGGCCUUCUGGUAGGAAGCCCUAUCAUUCUCUAUGAGAUUAUAGCCUUCGUUCUUCCAGGGUUGACGAGAGAAGAGAGACGGUUUCUGGGGCCGAUAGUGUUGGGUUCCUCGGUGCUUUUCUAUGCCGGUAUCAGCUUCUCGUACUCGGUUCUGACUCCGGCAGCCCUAAAUUUCUUUGUUAGUUAUGCGGAAGGGGCUGUGGAAUCAUUGUGGUCCAUUGAUCAAUACUUCGAGUUUGUACUUGUUCUGAUGUUCAGCACCGGCUUGUCAUUCCAGGUUCCGGUAAUACAACUUCUGUUGGGACAAGUUGGUCUAGUGUCCGGAGACCAAAUGCUGUCAAUUUGGAGAUACGUAGUGGUUGGUGCAGUUGUAGCAGCUGCCAUACUUACACCAUCAACUGAUCCGCUUACUCAGAUGCUUCUGGCAGGACCUUUGGUGGGCCUUUACUUUGGUGGUGCCUGGGCGGUUAAGCUUAUAGGGCGAUGAACCACACUGAUCCUGGGAUAUGUUCUCGACAGCACGCAUCAGCGUAUCAUGAAUCCUGUAUAUGCAAAAACGAUGCGGUAUUAGCAUAAGAGGAACAGAGGAUGAAUCGACCCAUGUCAAGCUUCUAUUCGUUUUGUACUUAAAACAAUGUAAAAGUUUUCCAUUAGAAAUUACAGUAAUUAUUUAACU